UUGCUUCUGGGGAAGCCCGGCACCCUUGCUCGGCCAGGGCGCCUUAGCGCUCCCGCGAUAACCAUUCUGGAGAGCUGCUAGCCAGGAGCUGCUCUGUCUGUAGCUUUGUAGAUGUUGGACUAAAGGUCUCCGUCCCGCACCUCCUGACAAUGGCUAUCUUCCGGUUUGAAUUUAGCAAUGGGAACAUCUCUAUAGGGGACAAAAAACAAAACAACAAAAAAAAAAAACGAGCCGAUUGGCCCGUGACCUCCUUUGAAAAAAAAAAAAAAAAGAAUUCACACUAUAACCAGGAACAGAAGAGAGGCUGCACGAUGAUGUGUUGCCAUGGCUACUGUAGGGCCACUCUUCUCCAAGUGCCAUGCCCCUUCUGAUCCCCACAGUUAGUGACAGCAGACUUGUCACCCAAAGGUUCCGAAGGGAAUGCCCCCUCCCUCCCUCCCUCCGGCCGGCUGAAGGCCCCAGGCUGCAGGAAGGCCGAGGUGAAGAACCGAGCAUCCUUAGAAAUCAUCACACAGUACAGAUGAGAGAGAAAGCCUGCCGGCUCCUAUUGAAGGAACUUGCUAACGGGUCCUUCGGUGGAGUCUUGGCCAAGUCUUUGUCUGGGACUGGACUCCAGCGCGCAGCCACCUGCUUGUACUAAACUUCUGCAUUUGUGGGAUUGGUGGUCAGUGUAGAAGAUAUUUUUGUCCUUUAGUGUAUUGGUCCGCAGGAUGUGGCACUCUUUAGAUGAAGAGUUAAGAAUCAAAGAAAAUUCCUUGAGCCUUUCGCAUAGGAAGGGAGGGGGGGAGUGGAAUUUCUCCACUGCUGUCUUAGCGGACAGUUUGUAAUUAGUGUUCACUCCUCCUUUCUAACUGUUGGAUGUAUGUGUGAUCCUGCAGCCUUUGCCGUAUUUAGAGGAACAUGCAAACGUCUAGACGUUCACAAGUCCUAAAAGGAAAAAAAGUGGGGAACUGGGUACCCAACAGGAGAUGGGGGGGAGUGAGGAACCCCGUGGUGUCUUCAGGAUCCCUGUCACCUGCCACACUCACUGCUAGUCCUUCUGUAGAGCCGGGCCGGAUGACUGCUGGCCUCCCCGUUUCUACCCAGAAAAAUGGGUUCGUAUGAAAGAGGGAGAACCAUAAAGGGGUCUGUGGUUUUUGUUUUGUUUUUUUGUUCUUGGAAACAUUUGGUUUAGAAUUUGAGGAAGAGAAAAAUCUCACUUAGUCUUUAUCCUUUUUCCCCCCCUGGUAGAUCUGGCUUGCCCCUGAUCAGACUUAGUCUGAUCUGAAGAUAUUGGAGUUUAAGGCAUUAAGAAAAUAGCCUGAAUUGUUCAUGGAGUUUUUCAUCAGUAUGUCUGAAACCAUAAAAUACAAUGACGAUGAUCAUAAAACGCUGUUCCUGAAAACGCUGAAUGAGCAGCGCCUGGAGGGAGAGUUUUGUGAUAUCGCGAUCGUGGUUGAGGAUGUGAAGUUCAGAGCCCACCGGUGUGUUCUCGCGGCCUGCAGCACAUACUUCAAGAAGCUUUUCAAGAAGCUGGAGGUGGAUAGCUCUUCCGUCAUAGAGAUAGACUUCCUCCGCUCCGACAUAUUUGAAGAGGUCCUGAACUACAUGUACACAGCCAAGAUCUCCGUGAAAAAGGAGGACGUCAACCUGAUGAUGUCGUCGGGCCAGAUCCUGGGGAUCCGCUUUCUGGAUAAGCUCUGUUCUCAGAAGCGGGACGUCUCCAGUCCCGACGAGAGCAACGGCCAGUCAAAGAGUAAGUACUGCCUCAAGUUAAACCGCCCCAUCGGGGACGCCGCCGACGCUCAGGACGAUGACGUGGAAGAGAUCGGGGACCAGGACGACAGCCCGUCGGACGACACGGUGGAGGGCACCCCCCCGAGCCAGGAGGACGGCAAGUCCCCCACGACCACCCUCAGGGUCCAGGAGGCGAUCCUGAAGGAACUGGGGAGCGAGGAGGUCCGCAAGGUGAACUGCUACGGCCAGGAGGUGGAGUCCAUGGAGACCCCCGAGUCCAAAGAUCUGGGGUCCCAGACCCCCCAGGCCUUAACGUUUAACGACGGGAUGGGCGAGGUCAAAGACGAGCAGACCCCGGGCUGGACCACCGCCGCCAGCGACAUGAAGUUCGAGUACCUGCUCUACGGCCACCACCGGGAGCAGAUCGCCUGCCAGGCGUGCGGUAAGACGUUUUCCGACGAGGGCAGGCUGAGGAAGCAUGAGAAGCUCCACACGGCCGACCGGCCUUUCGUCUGCGAGAUGUGCACCAAGGGCUUCACCACCCAGGCGCACCUGAAGGAACACCUGAAGAUCCACACGGGGUACAAGCCCUACAGCUGCGAGGUGUGCGGGAAGUCGUUCAUCCGCGCCCCGGACCUGAAGAAGCACGAGCGUGUCCACAGCAACGAGAGGCCGUUCGCCUGUCACAUGUGCGACAAAGCCUUCAAGCACAAGUCUCACCUCAAGGACCAUGAGAGGAGGCACAGGGGGGAGAAGCCCUUUGUGUGCGGCUCCUGCACCAAGGCCUUUGCCAAGGCCUCGGAUCUGAAGAGGCAUGAGAACAAUAUGCACAACGAGAGGAAGCAGGUCACCCCCAGUGCCAUCCAGAGCGAGACGGAACAGUUGCAGGCCGCAGCCAUGGCUGCUGAGGCCGAGCAGCAGCUGGAGACCAUCGCCUGUAGCUAGGGGCCGGGGGUCGGGAACGCUCGGCCUGGGGAGGUCGAUGCCGGGGUCGCGUUGAUCCCAGCCCGUCAGCAAUCCUUUGACUGCUUCUCUGGCAACUUAAAAAGUGUUGUACUGGCUGGACCUAAGGCAGAGCUCACUCCCGUUAGGUGAUUUUUAAAUUUCCCUAAGGCAGUUACGUACACUCCUACGUUCUGACCAAACAGUUGUGCGUGUGUGUGUGUGUGUGUGUGUGUGUGUGUGUGUGUGUGUGUGUGUGUUUUUAUUUUUUUUGUGGUGUCUGGUAUUCAUGUUCCCCAUACACUCCCCUAACCCUUCUCUGUGGUUUUCAUUUGAAAACUCUGUCCAGUUUGAAGUGAGCGGCUCCUGUUCCAUUCUUGACUCCGCGGGUACGUGUGCGUGUGUGCUGCACAGGGUAAUCGAAACAAGAAAGUCGAUUUCCUGGUCGUCCCAAAUGUACGUGACUUCCAGUCAGAACAGCAGUCUUAGUAACUGGAUACAAGAACUUCCCGUCGAUGCAGAAAACGUUGGCACAUGCUGACGCAGGACACUGUAUGAGUACAAAACCAAGUUUGGAAACACGGAAUGGUGUUCUGUGUUUUUUUCCUUUGGUCGAUUUUUAAGCAUCUCUCUCUAUAUAUAUAUCAUUGUUUUUACCGUUUCUGUGGACAGUAAAUGGUUGCUUGGCUGAAGUGUUUCUUCAUCCUUUGAUGAUGGCCCCUGUACCCACCCCAAAUGCUGCAGGUCACGUGUGCCUCUGGGUGAGUGAGACCACUGGAAAGCUGGUAGUGCUGGAACUGAGUUCCUCUUCGUCCAGGGUGGGCCACUCUACCUGAGGGAGUGAACCAGUAGUGAGAGGGAAGUCUCCAAGACAAGGUUUCCACAGAUACAGAAACCCUAAGAGAUUGAUUCCCUAGGUCUUCAGAUCCUGACUGAUUACGAGAUUGGUUUUGUAUUUAAGAUCAAAAUGAAGAAGAGAAGCAGAAGUGAUUCUUGAGAUGUUUUUUGUAGUUGACGGAUGAUCAGGCUUCGGGGCUCUCUGUGGCACUCCUUUUCUCAUGAAGAAGAUGCUGAAAUAAAUUUUAAGAUCUUUCAAAUGUGUAAAUAGUAGUGUUGGUCCUGUGUGUUUCAAGGAGAAGGACGGCUGCACUUUUUUUUAUUUUUUGUUUUUAUUUUUUUUGCACAUUGGAUUAAAGUACCUUUCAUUGGCAGCAAACAUCAGACCGUCUUGAUGAUGGUCAGACCAAACGUUUGUUUUUCAAGUAUGUUUUAUCACUGGCUGCAGUUUUCAGUAGAAGCUGACUGCCUUUUCGUAGCCAUAAAUCACAAUUAUGAACUUUGUUUCAGAUCUGGCAUACUAAAUGUGCUUUUUUAAAAACUAUUUCCUUAGGAGUGUAUUGAAGCACCAGCAGAGUUUGAAUUACGCUCUGUGAGAGGGUACUAGAUGAUUGUUUUAGGAUAUGUACAGUUGUAGAAAGUGCCAACUUUUAUAAAGUUCAUGUUUGGUUCUUAAGAUUUUCAUUUUUUAAAAAAAAUAACAUUAAAAUGAUUUUAUUACAUGGCUUGCUGUAUUAUCACCUGUUACUACUGUUGUGAGAAAAUGUUUAUUUUCAGAAUUGGUGUACGUGUUAUGCCCAGGAUUGUCGGAUGGGGAUGCUACCUUUCGAAUUCUCUUAUUUAUUGGUAAGAUGUUUUGGUUUAAAAUUGAUUUUCCCCUGAGAGCUCUUUGUUCUGUAUUGGAGACAGUCCUGUCAGUGUUUCUGUGCUGUAAGGAGGGGGCCGGCUGCUGUUCCCAGGCUGUGUUGACCAAAGCAAACGUGAAAUCAGCUGAUAUCCUGUUGAUAGCUACUUCAACAAAACCAUAUUUUGGGCCUUUGAUUUUGUAUAUAAAGAAAGUAAUAUA